CUUUGCUCACUUCUCUACUUCUCCCUGGUCCUCAUCUCUCGACGACAACGACCCGACGGCCUCGAGUAGCGUGCUCGCGUUGGUGCCACAGCUCACAAGCAUUCGUUCCAUCCCCGAAGCCUACAACAGCUUCCCAGCGCCGCCCUGCUCAGGCCUAUCCCGUCCCGCUGGACAGCCGUGUGGGCGACAUUCCCAUGUCCCAGAGCACCAAGCCGGCCGGCGCAUCGCACAAUGCUGCCGCGCCGUCCCAGCCCUCGUCCAAGGCGGCCGUUGCCGCCCCAAAGCUCGACUCGCACGAUGUAGAGAUGGGCCGCCUCAAUGGACACGACGGCCCCGCCGCCGGCGACACUGAUGCCCAGCCAGACAUUAUGCAGCUUGCCCGGACCGGCGACAUUGCCGCGAUGCAGGCUCUCUUUGAUGAUGAGGAGUUCGACGCAACCUACACAGACGACGAGGGCAUCACCCCGCUGCACUGGGCCGCCAUCAACAACCAGUAUGCCAUGUGCAAGUUCCUCCUCGACCAAGGCGCCGAAAUCAACCAGAAGGGCGGCGACUCCGUAGCGACUCCUUUGCAGUGGGCAGCACAGCGCUCAAACUACUACACAGUCGACCUGCUGCUCCAGCGCGGAGCCGACCCCCUGAUCACAGAUUCCCAAGGCUACAACACAUUACACAUCUCGACCUUCAACGGCAAUGUUCUCCUUCUUGUCCUCCUCCUGCACCAGGGCAUUCCCGUCGACGUUGCCGAUGCCUACGGACAUACGGCCCUCAUGUGGGCGGCUUACAAGGGCUUCCCGCAAUGCGUCGACUUGUUCCUCCGCUGGGGUGCAAGCGUCCACGAGACCGAUGAGCAAGGCUUCACAGCGCUGCAUUGGGCUCUGGUGAAGGGGUCUCCCCAGUGCAUCCUCAAGCUCAUCGAGUACGGCUCCGACCGCUUCGCCAAAACGCUGACUGGUAAGACCCCGGCCAUCACCGCUCAGGAUCUCAACACGGUCUCUGCGUGGCACCGCGCCCUGAAGGAGUGCGGCUACGACCAAGACGGCCACCCUGUGACGCCAUGGUGGCCAGGUGCAUCUCUGUUCCUUCAGGACAAGCGCGGCUUCAUGAACAAGUUUCUGUUCCUGCUACCGACGCCACUGUUGUGGACAGAGCUCAUGGUGUUUGCCUAUCUACCGGUUGUCCUUGCUGUGCCAGUUGCUCUGUUUGUUGGGUUUGGGUUUCAGUGGAUUACGAAUCAAUUGCUCGAAUAUGCGCCUCCAGAUAUGCGGCACUUGCACAAGACCCCGUGGUUGACUGGCAUCUUUGCGGCUUCAUUGUUCCUUGUCGGCUUCCGGUGGCUGACAGUUGUUCUUCCCGCGACACUUGGGGAUCACAUGCUCUUGAACAUCAUCUUUGUCACCAGCUUUGGGCUGUGCGGAUAUUUCUAUGCCACGUCUAUGGUCUACGACCCCGGCUUCGUGCCAAAACUAAACGGCAUUGCCGAGCAGAAAGCGGCCAUUGACGAGCUGUUGGCGCUGUGGAAGUUUGACGAGAACAACUUUUGUGUCACGUGCAUGAUCCGUACGCCAUUGCGAAGCAAGCACUGCAGGCGAUGCCAGCGCUGCGUCGCCAAGCAUGACCACCACUGCCCUUGGAUCAACAACUGCGUGGGCAUCAACAACCACCGCCAUUUCUUCCUCUAUCUACUGGGCUUGACGGGCGGUAUCAUCUCGAUCGACUACCUGCUUUACUACUACCUGUCGGAUGCCUCGACGAACGCACCCAAGGAAUGCCUGGUGUUGACCGAGUCCCUCUGCCAGGUUGUCAACGCAGACGCGUACACUGUCUUCCUGGGGCUAUGGACAACCCUGCAGCUCACCUGGGUGUCCAUGCUCAUCUUUGUGCAACUCAUCCAGGUUGCCCGGGCCAUGACGACGUACGAGAACAUGUACGGUAUCCAGGACGGCAGCGCAUCGACAAUCGGCUCGGUCUUUACGAGCACUGGCGCACCGCUGGAUCCCAGCCAUCCGAACGCGGCGCCUGCUUCGGCUGCCGACGACCCUCUCGGUGCCCGUGGUGGCCGAGGCGCCCACCGUCAUGGAGGUUUCAUCAAGCAGUGGUCGCGCAUUCUCGGUGUCGACACGUUCAUCGAGACCGCCACUGGCCGUGGUGCCGCGACUGGCAAGAAGAUGCGCAAGAAGCGCAACCCGUACAGCCGUGGGUAUGUGCAGAACUGCCGGGACUUCUGGUGUGACCCGGCCCCUGUGUUUGGUCGCAGGGAGACGGGCGACGCCGUGCUUGGCGGGCACAAGAUCAACUAUACGGAAGUCUACGAGAGCCCGGCAAUGAUGGAGCGCGGCGGUGGGGGCCGCAGGAGAGGCGGCUACGAGGCAGUUGCUGCCGACGACGCAGUGUAAAGAGCUAAAAGGGGGAGGCAGGUAUCAAUGUGUUUAUAGAUCAAGCAUGGCCGCGGCCGGCGAUGAUUAAUGAUAAAGACUAAUGAGAGAUGCGAAGUUGUGGUGUCCUGGCUGUUUGGAUAUCACCGCGUCAUGAAACCGUGAAUGCCGCCCAUCACAAUCUGCU